UUUUUUUUUUUUCAAGCGGCGCACCGAAGGUCUGAAGGAGGAGGGCUGCCCACUUAAUUCAUUAGUUCUCCUUUAAGUCACUUUCUCCUGCCGCCCCUCCUCACUCGCCAGCAUGACGCUCCCUCCGCACUCACAGAUCCUCUCCCUGCGCCGCGCAACUUUGUUUCGCUCCGACGAAAACCAAUCAAUCAUCGAUUAAUACCGCGAAUUUUACUGCUGCGGCCGGCGGGGAAUGACUCCUGAGAAGACUGGAAUAUGCAUUUGUGACUCCCGCUUCUGACAGCUGAGCUCCUUUGGCAAUGCCACGGUGCCCUCUCUGAUGUGACGAUGAGAACCUACACCCGCGGGGCCCCCACAGUCUUUUUCAUAAGUCUGCUGUGGCCCCUGCUGGCCGGGGAAGUGGACCCCAGUGGAGGAAUCCCCUUCAUGGGAGGAAACUAUGAAGGCCAUCCCAUGCUGUACUUCAGCCAGGCGGAUGUCGAGGAGCUGCAGGCUGCCGCUGCCGGGACUCAUCGGGACAUGGCGAGGCGGAUCCGCGAGGCCGGGGAGACCAUGCUGGAGCACCCUGAGGAGUACCUGCCCCCCUGGAGCCCCGUGGAGUUCAGCGCCCGCUGGAACGAGGUGUAUGGGAACAACCUGGGCGUGCUGUCCAUGUUCUGCCUGCUGUACCCGCACAGGGCGGGGGCGCUGGACCUGGCCAGAGACUACAUGGAGAGGAUGGCGGCUCAGCCUAGUUGGUUGGUCAAAGACGCCCCCUGGGAUGAAGUUCCUCUGGCGCACUCUCUGGUCGGGUUCGCCACGGCGUACGACUUCCUGUACGAGUACCUGAGCAAGGGCCAGCAGGAGCGUUUCCUCCAGGUGAUCGGCAACGCCUCGCGCCUCAUGUACGAGAAGUCGUACGUGCGAGGCUGGGGCUUCCAGUACCUGCACAACCACCAGCCCACCAACUGCGUGGCUCUGCUGACCGGCAGCCUGGUGUACAUGACCCAAGGUUACCUCCAGGAGGCCUACCUGUGGACCAAACAGGUCCUUGCCAUCAUGGAGAAGUCCAUGGUCCUCCUGCAGGACGUGACAGACGGCUCGCUGUAUGAAGGAGUGGCCUAUGGGACCUACACCACCCGCUCUCUGUUCCAGUACAUGUUCCUGGUGCAGCGUCACUUCGCCAUCGGCCACUUCGACCACCCCUGGCUCCUGAAACACUUUGCCUUCCUGUACAGGACUAUCCUGCCUGGGUUUCAUAGGACCGUAGCCAUUGCUGAUUCCAACUACAACUGGUUCUAUGGGCCGGAGAGCCAGCUGGUCUUCCUGGACCGCUAUGUGAUGCGCAACGGCAGUGGAAACUGGCUGGCAAAUCUUAUUCACCAGAACAGGGUGACAGACGGGCCAGGACAGGCUGGCAAAGGACAGCGGUGGUGUACACUCCACACAGAGUUCAUCUGGUAUGACCCUGGCCUGAGCCCCAAGCCUCCCUCAGAUUUCGGGACAUCCCAGCUCCACUACUUCGAGGACUGGGGAGUGGUCACCUACGGCGGUGCUUUACCUGCAGACACCAACCGCUCCUUUCUCUCCUUCAAGUCGGGAAAACUGGGAGGACGUGCCAUUUUCGAUAUUGUCCAUAUGAACAAGUACAAAGACUGGAUCAAAGGGUGGAGGAACUUCAAUGCUGGGCAUGAGCACCCUGAUCAGAACACGUUCACCUUUGCACCCAAUGGUGUGCCCUUCAUCACUGAGGCACUGUAUGGACCUAAAUACACUUUCUUGAACAAUGCGGUGUUGUUUGGCCCGGCUGUCUCAGGGAGCUGCUUUAAGCCAUGGGCUGGCCAGGUCACUGAGGCCUGUGACUCCAAGUGGUUGAAGUACAAGGUGGGGCUGGCAGCUGAUGCCCAGGGCAGGGUAGAGGCUGCCAUGGAGAGACAGGGGAUGGUGUUCAUCCGUGGGGAGGGAAAGUCCGCUUAUAACCCAGAUCUGAAGAUCAGGAGCUUUCAGAGGAACCUGCUCCUCCUUCAUCCUCAGCUUCUGCUCCUUGUGGACCACAUCCACCUGGAUCCAGACAGUCCAACCAGGGAAAUGAGCGCUUUCUUUCACAACACGGAGCUGCCUUUCCAAAAUACAAAAAUGGAUGGUGUGCAUGGAACAUUUGUAUUACAUGGUGAGAGCAUGUAUAAGAUGUUCUGGAUGGAUGACACAGGCUUCAGUAACAAAGGGGUGGUAGGGUACUGGAGUUAUCCUCGCGGGUACCCAUAUAAUGGCUCUAACUAUGUGAAUGUGACAAUGCCACUAAGGUACCCUCACACGAGGGCAGCCUACAUUUUCUUUGGGCCGGGGGUGGAUGUUCAGAGCUUCAGCCUGCGUGGCGAUGAUCAGAGAGUGGACAUUUCCCUGGCCACCAAGGAACACACUUACACCAUCUACCUGCUGACUGGAGAGGUCACCAGCAAGCCCCUGUUUGCCAUGGUGCUGGUGAACCACAAGAAGAUAGUAUUUGAGAAAGAGGCGGCUGUGAUGGACAGCUCGCCGGAGGAAGUAGAAGAAUAUGUCAAUGUGAUGGAGGACAACCUCCAGCACGCCAAGCCUGUCUUCCAGCAAAUGGAGAGACACAUCCUGGGACGGGUUCUCAACACUGCCAGCUUCCGCAAGACUGCAGAGCGCCUUCUCCAGCUGUCAGACAAAAAGAAGACGGAGGAGGUCAUCGAGAAAAUGUUUACCAUGUCUAAGAAACAGGGCAAGGGGAAAGGUGGGAAGAAAGUAAACCUUGGGGAAAAGCUCUCUGAGAGCCUACCUGACAUUUUUGCACAGAUUGAGGUGAGUGAAAAGAAGGAGAGACAGAGGACUUCAAAACGAAUGUAUGAGGACAGCCCAGAGGAGGGAGAUGGGGACUCGCGGGCCUUCAUUGACUACGCAGACAAAAACAAAAACAGGAAGGGGGCCUUUGUUAAGGGCCGCAAAUUCAAGGAGGUUCACAUGCUGGCCACCGCUGGGAGUGAGGGUCUGUCCAGCACAGCCUCCUACAUCAGACUGUUUCUCAUCCUUAACAUAGCCACCUUCUUCUUGCUGCUGGCCGUGUUACUGACUCGCUUCCAGAGGGGCCGGAGCCUGCACACCCAGAGGUGUUUCUAUGCCAUCCUUCUCAUCGACAGUUUCAUCUUACUGUACCUCUACUCUUCUUGCUCUCGCACACAGUGUUAACAUCAUCAGUGGAUGACGAGGGAUCAUCCAUCUACAGAUCUACUGACCUGUUGGACAAGGUGGAUGAAAUGCACCCCACACCUCAGUCUGAGCCAAAUCUACCUAAUGGGUGUUCAGGAAAAUUUAACAAAAUUGAUUCCAAAUAGGAAUUGAUCAAUUGCCAAGAUGAAACCAGACCACCUCUGACAUAUUAAGCUUCUGUGGAGCUAUAGAUUUGAGUCUUGUGUGACGUUUGUCCUGUACAGUAUUGAGAAGUCCUGCCUUGUAUCAAAGAUCUCAAGGUUAGCCACUAAAAUGCAGUCAUCACCACCAGUACUUGAGAUUUGUCAUGUCUACAUAGUUUUUAGGAAUACAUAUAAAUGUAUAUAUGUGAAAACAAGAUAUAUUUUUGUGGACUUAUUUUUUACCGUUUGUAAUUAAAAUUACUGCAAGCA